UCUUCCGCCCUAACUUCGCUUCUCUUGCUGUUUCCGGGUCUUCGGACAUUCCCAUUGGCUGAGUUUCUGAUUCAAGUGACUUUCCCAGUUUAAAAAAAAAAAAUUCAAGUGUCCUACAGAAUUUUCCAAAAUAUUAAAUACGACACGAAAACGACUUGUCUAACCGCUUUCCUAUUGGCCGGAGCUUGACUCAUGUGACUCCACACGGAAAAACCGCCUCACUUCCGUUAGGCGGCGAAUCCAUCGGGUUCGGAGCUUCGAAGACCUGGUAUGGCCGUCUGGGACUGUGGUGUCGGUGUCUCCCGUGAGCGUCCCCCCCAGGAACCUGAAGCCGAGCCGGAACUGGCUGGGAGUGGCGGUGGAGGGGCUGGUACUUCGGACCUCACAACCCGGCGCUCCUCUUCUCCAAGCUCCGCGCCAUGGCAUCGUCCCAGGGUCGGCGGCGGAGGCCAGGGACGGUGGUACCCGGGGAAGCGGCUGAGACCGACUCGGAGCUGUCUGCGUCCUCGUCGGAGGAGGAGGAGCUAUACCUGGGUCCCUCGGGCCCGACGCGCGGCCGCCCCACGGGGCUCCGCGUGGUCGGAGAGGCAGCGGAGACCGACUCGGAACCGGAGCCUGAGCCCACGGAGGCGCCGGGAGACCUACCCCCACUCGUGGUGCAGCGCGAGGCGGAGGAGACCUGGGGCACGGAAGAGACCCCGGCCGUGGCGCCUGCGCGCUCGCUCCUGCAGCUCCGGCUGGCGGAAAGCCAGACGCGUCUGGACCACGACGUGGCGGCCGCGGUGAGCGGCGUGUACCGCCGUGCGGGCCGCGAUGUGGCCGCCCUGGCCGGGAGGCUGGCAGCUGCUCAGGCCACGGGAUUGGCGGCCGCCCACAGCGUGCGCCUGGCUCGCGGGGACCUCUGUGCGCUUGCCGAGCGCCUGGACAUCGUAGCUGGCUGUCGCCUGCUGCCGGACAUACGAGGGGUACCAGGCAUCGAGCCCGAGCAAGACCCAGGACCGAGAGCUUAGGCUGACUCGCUGUUAUCCCCCUCCCGCACACACACCUGACUGUCAUUGAUUUGUCCCGAUUUUAUUUAUUCUUAGCACAAUUCUGGGAUCCCCACCCCCAAAACUGGGUCCAGGUUUUGUGGACAUCAACUCUGGUGUAUUUCCUAAAUCAAGCUUUACUCGUGGGCUUUGAUUUCUUUUGUGUUACUUCCCUGGGUCCAGGCUUGCGGGGAACGGGCUCUCUCUAGUUUACAUGCCCAAAUGGUGGCCACUCCUGACCCAAGGAGACCUUUCUACACACCCCACAGACCCCUGCAGGACCCAAGCUGGGCCUAGGUAGUAACCCUUAACCCUCUUCUGACACCCAUCAGGCCCUUUGGUCUGGCGCAGCGCCCCCAGGUGUUUUGACUGCUAUAUGACAUGACUCCACACAGUAAAAACCUACCACUCACUG